UUUUCCUCUCCUCGUGGGAUACAGACCGCUAUUCUCAGACCCCCAGAGCCGGAGUCGAACAAGUGUGGCCUUAUAAAAGGACCGAGAAACAGCGACAAGGACACAUAUUUCAAGGUGAAGGAUUGAAUGAGCUGCAGACACAGUUAGAUGUGGAUCUGUGUCCAGAGGAAACGCCGCUUUCACUGUGAGGCGACUGCAGACAGGCUCUCUCAGCUCCUUUAAGUGGCGUGUUACGAGUCUGCUGAACGGAGACGACAACAUGAAGGUGACAGCUCUGCUCAUCAUCUGCUUCUGUCUGGUCCUGGAGAGUCUGGGGAAGCCGAAAUUCCCGGAACAGGAGAAGGAGCCAAAGUUUUGGAACACAUGGGCCCAGAAGACCCUGAAGAACGCUCUGACGUUGCAAACUCUCAAUCAAAACCAAGCAAAGAAUCUGAUCCUCUUCCUCGGUGAUGGGAUGGGCGUCCCCACAGUGACGGCUGCUCGCAUACUGAAGGGUCAGCUGAACGGGCAGAGCGGAGAAGAGACGCAGCUGGAGAUGGACAAGUUCCCUUUUGUCUCUCUGGCUAAGACUUACAAUACGAACGCACAGGUGCCAGACAGCGCUGGCACAGCUACAGCUUACCUCUGCGGGGUCAAAGCCAACGAGGGCACGGUGGGAGUGAGCGCGGCAGCUGUUCGAUCCCAGUGUAACACCACACAGGGCAACGAGGUCACCUCCAUCCUCAAAUGGGCAAAAGACGCAGGAAAGUCAGUGGGAAUAGUGACAACGACUCGUGUCAACCAUGCAACUCCCAGUGCUGCCUACGCCCACAGCGUGGACAGAGACUGGUACUCCGACAAUGAAAUGCCACCUGAAGCACUGCAGGCCGGCUGCAAGGACAUCGCCAGACAACUCUUUGAAAACAUUCCCAACAUUGAUGUGAUUAUGGGUGGCGGCAGGAAGUACAUGUUCCCGAAAAACACGUCAGAUGUGGAGUACCCUGGGGUUGCGAAGCACAGCGGCACGCGAAAAGACGGAAGAAACCUGGUGCAGGAGUGGACUGACAGAACGAAGGAUAAAGUACAUUUCCCCUCCUCUUCCCCUCUCUUUGCUCGUUCUCUGCUCCCUCUUUUAUCUUCCCAAUUACAUUUACAUAUUUGGGAGUUCAAAGUGAAUGCUGUGUUUCACUCUGCAGUACGUUUGUCACUUUUUUUUCCUUUUACCGUGCAGAAAGGCCAUUAUGUAUGGAACAAAAAGCAGCUCUUAUCACUGAACCCUAACAACGUGGAUUACUUAUUGGGUCUCUUUGAACCUGCGGAUCUGACUUAUGACUUGGAGAGGAACACCGAGACUGAUCCCUCACUGACGGAGAUGACGGACGUGGCCAUCAAGAUCCUAAGGAAGAACCCCAAAGGAUUUUACCUGCUUGUAGAAGGAGGACGGAUUGAUCACGGACACCAUGAAGGAAAGGCCAAACAGGCUCUGCAUGAAGCUGUGGAGAUGGACAGAGCUAUCACCCGGGCGGAUCUUUUAACCAGCAUCCACGACACAAUGACAGUAGUGACCGCUGACCAUUCUCACAUGUUCAACUUCGGAGGCUACACGCACAGAGGAAACACGAUAUUUGGUCUGGCCCCAUUUAUUAGUGAUGUGGACCAGAAACCCUUCACCUCCAUCUUAUACGGAAACGGGCCGGGUUACAAACUUGUUAAUGGUGUGAGGGAAAAUGUCUCCACUAUUGACUUCGAGGAAAACAACUACCAGGCUCAGGCAGCCAUUCCUCUGAGCAUGGAGACUCACGGAGGAGAGGAUGUAGCUGUGUUCGCCAAAGGUCCACUGGCUCACCUGCUGCACGGGGUCCAUGAGCAGAACUACAUCCCUCACGUGAUGGCGUACGCAGGCUGUAUCGGCCAGAACAGGGAACACUGUUUGACUCGCGGUGGGGCUGUUUCACACAGAGGGACCGCUACUUUGGGCACAGUCCUCUCCAGCAUUGCAGCCUUUUUUACAGUCACCCAGCUACUGUGCUGACAUUACCCCACAACACUUUUUAACCUCUUAAACCCUUGUUUUAACCAGUCACGCAUUUUAAAUUUUAAAUCUGUUGUUAUAUUUUAAAUGUUUGAAUUUAACCACAAUCAUGCCACUUUUGUGUGAUAAUCAAAGCAGAAGAAGUCAGAAUAUGUCUAUUGGGUAAAAUGUCCAAAUACAAAAUAAUAAACCACCCUGGUACACAGAAAUGAAGUGUGGUGCAGAAGUCCCCACAAAGUUAGAGAUCACUUUGGUUUUUUGUCAGUAGAAUAGAUGAAUGAAGAUUUUAACGACCCCUUUGUUAAGUGUAAGCCCUCUAGGUUUGAGUUUAUAGAUUGGAUUCAGAAAUGUCUCAAUGUUUUCAUACCAUAAAUGUUCAGAUAACAGAAUCUACCUCAUUUGCUGGAAAAAUCCAUCAUGAAACAAUGGUGUGUUCAGAAGGUCAUGUUUGGAUGGAUAAAAUGUAUGCCGAAACCCGAGGCAAAUGAAUGUACAAAAGCAUAAAAAAUAAACGUAUGUCAUGUCACACACCUCAUGCAUCAUUGCGAAAGCACUGAAAAGCCUGCCCCCUGUUGUUGUGUCCAAUAAUAGAAGCUGUAAGAGCCCUCAAACAAUAAAGAAAUAUGUUUGUUUUCUGAUAA